AUGUUGAAAAAUAUCAUAAAGCGAGGGCAUAAAAAGGUGCUUAAAUCAGAAGUAUCUGAUUUUGGUCACGCGCCGCCGGCGGGAGGAAGGAAUUCCGGCAAUGUUUCGACGUCUGAUGUGGUGGUGAAUCAUGCUUCGAGAGGAAACAUGGUAACGAAUUCGAUUCAAUCACAACAGACACCUUCAGUGAUGACAUCUGCAGCUCCAGCAUCGGGAAACAUUGAGAAUCUUCCCUUGUUUCGUGAUGUGCAGAUAUCUGAACGUCAAGUGUUGUUUUUUAGGAAACUACAGAUUUGUUGUUUUCAGUUUGAUUUUACUGAUACCAUGAAAUUGGUAAGGGAGAAAGAGAUAAAGAGGCAAACACUUGUGGAGCUUGUAGAUUAUGUUCAAUCUGGUGCUGGGAAAAUCAGUGAAAGUAAUCAAGAAGAAAUGGUAAAGAUGAUAGCAGGGAAUAUAUUUCGUUGUUUACCUCCGGCAUCUCAUGAGAAUACAGGAUCCGAAAAUGUGGAACAGGAAGAGGAUGAGCCAUGUCUCGAGCCAUCUUGGCCUCAUUUACAGCUUGUGUAUGAAUUGCUGUUGAGGUAUGUGGUUUCAUCAGAUACUGACACAAAGUUAGCUAAACGCUUUAUUGAUCACUCAUUUGUAUUGAAGUUAUUGGAUUUGUUUGAUUCCGAGGACCCAAGGGAAAGAGAGUAUUUGAAAACAAUACUUCACCGUGUAUAUGGGAAGUUUAUGGUGCAUAGACCAUUUAUAAGGAAGGGAAUCAAUAACAUCUUUUAUAGGUUUAUUUAUGAGACAGAAAGGCACAGUGGGAUAGGUGAGUUACUAGAAAUUCUAGGGAGUAUUAUAAAUGGUUUUGCAUUACCCAUGAAAGAGGAACACAAGCUAUUCCUUGUUCGGGCACUCAUACCACUGCACAAGCCGAAAUCAGUUGCAAUGUAUCAUCAGCAGUUAUCCUACUGUAUUGUUCAGUUUGUUGAAAAGGAUUAUAAGUUGUCUGAUACGGUUAUAAGGGGUUUGUUGAAAUACUGGCCUGUCACUAAUUGCCAAAAAGAAGUCCUCUUUCUUCAGGAGCUUGAAGAAGUGUUGGAGACCACACAGGCAGCAGAAUUUCAGCGUUGCAUGGUUCCUCUUUUUAGACAGAUUGCUCGUUGCCUUAACAGCCCACACUUCCAGGUAGCAGAACGAGCCCUAUUUCUAUGGAACAAUGAGCACAUAGUGGGAUUGAUCGCCCAGAACCGCAAUGUCAUUUUCCCGAUCAUUUUUGAUGCUCUGCAAAAGAACAUAGAUAAUCAUUGGAAUCAGGCUAUCCAUGGGCUGACUGUAAAUGUUCGCAAAAUGUUCAUGGAAAUGGAUGCUGAGCUGUUUGAUGAGUGCCAAAGACAGUAUUCUGAGAAAGCAGCCCGGGCCACUGAACUGGAAGAGCAGCGAGAAUUAAGAUGGCAGAGAUUAGCGGCAGCUGCAACACAAGGACGUUAAAAGGACACGUUCAUCGCGAUUCCUGUUCCAGUAAGUGUGUUGAAUCGUUGAUGAUUACUGGCAAUGCAGCCGUGUGUAACUCAUAUAAGUAUUUGAUAACUGCUUUGUCGCGUGCUGCUGCUCUGGAAUGGCUUGUUUAAGUGUAAUUUGUUCUGUAAUUUUGCCCUCUUUAGAGAAAUUUUUAUUCUUCAGUGAACUUUGAAGGCAACAAUUUCUGAUGUUUACAGGUUAUUUAUAGUUUUUUUAAUGGGUCAUUUGCACAUAGUUUAGUGUUUAGACAAUGGUAUCAGAAAGUAGUACCGAUCUAAUUUUGUAUUUUCACUUCAUAAACGCUUUUAUUAUUAUUUUUCACUUAAUCAAUGAUAUGUGUGUUUCACUUUA